UUGCUACGGACGUUGCUUAACGUACUCACUUUGUGUACAAAGACGAUUUUCAUUUUUAAAAAAAACUUUAAAAAUAUUUCAAUAUUUUUUCGAAUUUCAUUUCUUAUCAUUUGAAAGUUUCCUUGAACUUUCCGCAUCAGCGAUGUUGAGGUGCAGCAAGCAAAUCGAAUGGAUGGUAUUUUUACUCUUGGGUCUUGUAAUUGGCAAUGUAUUAUGUGGGCCAAUGUAUUACAAAAAAACAGACGAUGACACCUAUGAACCAGAUUUGGUUCCCGUCUCAUCGACUGUCAUUCCCGUUUAUACAUAUCAAGUGAAUUCAACAGGUGAAGUCAAACAUCAUGUGAUGGACGAUGAAGAAUACCGACUGGCUUAUAUGAAAAUGAAGCUUAUGAACAAAAAGCGCAAACAAGAAGAUGAUCCGGAUACACUUAUCACAUUGACAAAGAAAUAUCACCCAGGAAAAAAGAAUAAAUCGAGCAACGAGAACGAUGCAAUCGUCAGUGGUGCUUGAAGAAUCAAAAUGACGCACAAUCUAUACUAAAAAUAACACAUUUAAAAUGCUGUUUAAUCAAAUAAUGUUUAUUUGCGACCAAACACUAAUACUUAUAAAAAUAAAUUUACUAUUUAUGACUAUGGCUA